UCAUAAAGCCGUUAAAGCGACUCAAAUUGACUUUUCAUUGGAACACAGUUCUGCUUUUGUUUCCAUCCUCUUUCCCAGUCUUUGCUUACUGCCGGAGGUUUUCUCAGGUUCACCACCACCAUUUAAGCCAGUUUCCGAAGAUAAACUAAUCAAAAGGGUUUGAAUUCAAGAUGGGUUUCAUGGCUUUUGCCAAGUUUGCAUUGAUAUGCUUUGAUGCUCUUGCAUGGCCUGCCUUUGCUUUGGGCUAUCCUCUGUGUGCUUCCAUUCAGGCAAUUGAGGCUAAUUCGAACUCUGACACCAAGAAAUUGGUUACCUACUGGGUCAUCUUCUCACUCAUCUCCCUGUUUGAAUAUGCUUUCAUGGUGAUGCUUCAAUGGCUACCAUUCUGGCCAUAUAUGAAGCUGACGAUCGUCUGCUGGUUGAUGAUACCCCACUUCGAUGGUGCCUUUUAUGUCUAUAACAACUUUGUUCACCCAUGUCUCUAUAUAGACGUGCAAACUAUCAUUAACUGGUUCAAGAAGCAGCAGGAAUUAUUUUUGAAAGACAAUAUUCUUGCCGAGGCAGAUAAAUAUGUGAAGGUACAUGGACCUGAAGCUUUGGAGAAACUUAUUGCUAGCGAGUCAAAGGGCGCAGAGCCUGGCAUAUUGCAGAAAGACACAAAAGAUGUACAAGUAACAGAGAAAAGGGAAACAGAGAAAAGGGAAGUUGGUCCGGAGAACCUGAUUCUGGAAACAGCGCCCAAUGCUGCUCAGACAGUGAACAAUACGAUCACACUUCCGGAAAUCAAGGGAGCAGUAGGUUUUGAUCCUCCUGAGAUAACUACAGAUAAGCAAGUUCAGAAGGAGUGGACCUGUGCUAUGUGUCAAGUAACAACCUCAAGUGAGAAAACCUUGAAUAGCCAUCUCCAAGGAAGACGACACAGGGAUGUUCGUGCGGAGCUAAUGAAGGCAAAGAACCAGCCUUCCAAAGGCAAAGAAUUUGCUUCAGUGGUUAGGGAUAAGGGGCCUUCCAGCAGUAGUACUCAGGCAAGCCAAAAGACGCAGCAACCUUCCAAGGGCCAAGUAUCUGCUUCUUCAAUUGGAAAUCAACUAAAACCCAGUGAGAAGGUAAACGGCCAGCAACAGGGUGGGAAGAAACUAGCUGGCAUCAAAAUUCCUCAGUUUCGUUGCACCAUAUGUAACGUAAACUGUAGUCGUUCAGAGGACUUGAACUGUCACCUUUGGGGAAAGAAGCACUUGCUCCGGAUUCAAGAACUGAAUAGUCUUGUUGGACGAGGUGAGCUUGCUUGAGUUACCAGGGUUGUUUGUGUAAUGGAUCUUGAAAUCUUUCAGAUGUAAAGGUUAAGAGACUAUAAACAUGAUGUCUCUAUCUAAAGAGUUUUCUUUAUCCCAGGGCUUUCUUUAGUUUUCAGCAUUUAAUGUAGAAAUUUAUCAUAAAUAGAUCACAAUGCACUAUAUAUUCUUACAUUUCAUAAGAUUUGAUGUUCUUCAGCAUUUUUAAUGAACAUUCAAAGAGCAAAGGAUGGUUAACCACUGUUGCUACAUUGAAAUUACUGGGUCGUGAAAGUUUAAGGAUGGUUUCUGACUUUCCUUGUUACUUCCAUCUAAUGGAUUUGAUCCAUCACAGUUUUGUGAAUGAUAAAACAAAUUAUGUUAAAAAUCGUAAAAUGAUUCGUGAGAGGUCUGCUUUUGCCAUUUAGACAUGUAUGAUGAUGAUGACGUUAGAAUGUGCGAUGAAUUUCCAGUUAUUCCAUGUGAAGGACGUCAGCUGUUUGCUUGCUACGAUACGUUCAGUGCGAAAUGAUGCCACUUCUAGAAAAGAGAACCCUCUUUAAGGGACAUUGGAAAUGUAAUCAAGCUCAGCGUAGAGGUAGAGCGAUUCGCAUUUGAAGCUUCAGUCAAGUGUUUUGGCAUCAUUCUUUGCCACAUAGCUACAAUGCUAUGAAUCAAACCUUUCUUAUCGAGUAAUUUGGGUUCCCGGCUGGCGUUGAGACUUCCGGUGAAGUAUCAAUGGCAAACCAAUUAAAACACAAUACGAUGCAAAACAGACAAUCCAGGUAAAGAAGCUUAAAGUCCCUGAUAUUGAAUUUAUUAGUAAGGCUAUGCUCUUGGAGUGUCAAAUACCAUUCAGUUUUUCCAGAAGAGUAGGCCACUUCUCAGCGAAACUACUAUUGCUCAGAAGAAAUUUUGACUUCAACACUAAAAAAUUAACAUGUAAACGAUCUGUUUUCCCCCGUAGAAUUCAAAACAUUUUUCAGAUUGUCCCCUUUAACCCCCCC